AGAUAUAUAUUUUCGUUUAUAUAUCAAGUCAAUGGAUAAUUCAUCGACUCAUAUUAUUAGUACUAAAUGAGUGCCGAUCAUUCCAAUGUAAAACAUUCAGUCCAUAUGGCUUUUAAGAAUUAAGCAGCAAGCUGUUCCCCAGGUGUAAUUUCUCUAUCAUAUCAAUUGAUUGGCUAUGACCAACUACUUCUAUGAAUCUUUCAUAAUUAUAUUUAGUUUGCACUUUCCAUAUCUGUGUUUAAAUAUAUGUAUUUAUAGAUAGGCUUUUGGACUUUUGUAGGACUAAGUAAUUGAUAGGAAAGAGAUUAGUAGUUAAUAUAUUAGCUCUUCUAAGUAUCUACCAAAUCAUUGAAGAAAGGUCUAACUCAUUUGAUGAUGAAUAUAUCAAUUAUAUAGAAUUAAAAAAGACCUAAUUAAAAUUUGGAAUUUGACAAUCCCACAAUUCUAUGCUAUGUAUAAGGUAAAAAAAUCUAAUACAAGUAUGCCUCAAACUGUUCACUUAAUCAAAAUUUAUUAUUAUAUUGUUAUUAUAAUUAUUAUUAUUAUCAUUAUUAUUUGUUGGUUUACUUCCUCUAUGGUUUGGGCUCUAUUGAAGUUGUUAAGUUAUAGCUAGAAUGCUUCAAACACACAAAAACUGGGGACACACAGAAUUCAUCCAGCCACGUUUUCAGCUUCUGACAACCGUUUUGCAAAGUAAACAACCCCCAACAUGGUGGCCACCAUCUCCCAUCUUUACGCGUCUCCUUGCAGAGCUUUAUGGGUGGAGAAAGACAUUAAAUCUGCCGCAAUCGCCGUUGCCAGGAAAAGGAGACAAUAACUCAGAGAUGGCAAGAAUGAGAACAUCUCGGAAAUGGUUCGACAUUGUUCGAAGGAAGUUCUUCAGGUCGUCUCGUAAAACCACCACCGUGAUUCUUCAUUCUAAUGCUUGCUCAAGUCCUGACGAGGCUCAAACAAGUGGAGUCACGGAUGAAACAGCUGGUUAUGAGGAACUUAUGAGUGAAAUCUCACUGUCUUCUACGAAAGAAAUCACCCAAGAAGAUAUAGCUGCUUUAAGAAUCCAAGCAACUUUCAGGGGUCAUCUUGCAAGAAGGGCAUUUCAAGCACUCAGAAGUCUGGUUAAAGUGCAAGCACUAGUUCGAGGGGCGUACGUAAGGAAGCAAACUCGCAUAGCCCUGCAUUGCAUGCAUGCACUUGUUCGGUUGCAGGUCCGAAUUCGAGCAAGGCAACUCCUCGGAAGGUGCAGUGAUGAGUAAUACACUGAAUCUCAACAACUGAUAGUGCUUCACAACUCAAUAAAACUUCUUGACCUCCCAUACCCGGUAACUUAUUUAUCAUCUGCACUGACCACUUGUAAUUGGAAAACUAACUUCUGUUACAUAUUGAUAUCUUCAAUUGAUAUCAAAGUUUCUUAGGAGCAACAAUGUAGACGAAUUAGUUCAAUAACUGUAAGUUGACUGCUUGCGUCCUCUAUUUAACACCCCCAUCCACCCCCUAUUACUAUCCCAAUGAAGAGCCUUCAACAUUAUGUUCUAGCUAUAACCCACCAACAGAAUGUUGGAUUCACUACUGGUUUCAGCUGUUUUAUAACACUUACAUAUAUCAUUAUAGACUACCAAUACCAGUAUGCGCAGUGAGAAGAGAAUGGAGAAAAGAGGAAAGUCACGCAAGGGUCAAGAAAUAAAAGGACAAAGACCUAUGAGCUUAUAUUGAAGAAAAAAGGGAAAAACAUGAAGCUAAUACUGUGUUAGAAAAAAGAAGAAGCAUUUGUACAAUUUAAAUAUAUGUAAGAUGAAAAUUGCCUGCACAUGGAUGCAUUAUUAACAGCUGGUCUCUUCUCCCAACUUAGUGGUGACCCCUUAUCAGUGCUGAAAAAAAGCCACCGGCAGAUUUAUCCUUGCGUCUAUCCUCCCUCUCAUUUGGAACCUGUGGUUUAAUUAUUAGAAGUAGAACUGUUUAAUGGGAGAACAAAUUAAAUUA